AAAAACAUAUGCAUGUUGAAUACUUAAAACACACACGCACAAAUGGGACUUCUAAAAUUGAAGGAGCACAGGAGCCACUGAAACUGAAGAAAGAGUUUCACAUACCGGUCCACCCAUUUGCAGCUUCAGAAAUAUGGAAAUGGUGUUAAUACAACUGAGCUCAAAUUAGUUACUUGGUUCCAGUGCUACAUUUAAAAAGGUAGAGCAAAAUGCUGGUAGCAAGCUAUUAAUUAGGCCUUAUCUGGUUCAGUACUCUUAAUUUUGAAAUGAAUUGUUGGUUGCUUAGCAGCUAUUAAUAGACCAGUCUGAACAGCACAUGGUCCUUAAUAACCAAUACACUUCUUUGAAAGUGGAUCGCAGUGACCCUGAGGAAGCUUUUUCCACAUGGAUUUGCUUAGCAUUAGAGUGUAACGGAAUUUCAUGUGCAGUAGGUGGGCUGCUGUUUCGGAACAAUUACAGGGAGCCACAAACAUCAGCCACAUAUCCGUUCUCCAAGACAUCUGAACGUGGCAUUUCUUCAUUUUGAAAAUAACCUGACUGCCCCAUUUGUGGGUGACAAAUGGGAAGGGCCAUUUUUUCAGGUGGGGGUAAAGUCCUUCUCCAUACUUCUUAAACUUCUGGAAACAAGAUCAGGCUGAGGAUCCAAGAGAUUCCUGGGAGCUCUUAGGAAGAAUUCUGGGGUGUUUAAUGCUGUGAAUCUUUACCUACAGUCAACCCAUAUAACUAUGCAAGUCCUAUAUCACAAAAUGCCAAUGAGUCUCCAGUGACUUCAUUGCAAUGGAAGCAGAACCUGAGGGCAUUCUGAGCCCGUGAACUCCUCAAUGCUUGGAGAAUUGGGACACACACACACACACACAGAGAGAGAGAGAGAGAGAGAGAGAGAGAGAGAGAGAGAGAGACAGGCAGGCAGGCAGGCAGACAAACAAAGACACUCAUCGUCAAAGCAGGUACAAGGAUCACAAAGAAACUGUCUGGAAUGACCUCUAAAAUGUUGGGAUAUUGGGGAGUUGGGGUGGGGGCUCUAGGCCUCUUUGGCAUAUGGAAAACUAUCCUGGCAGGGAAAACUUUCUUCCUGCUGUUUUUCUACACCAAGGAAGUGUUGCCAGGAGAUGUUAUAUUGACGUCAACUGUUGCCUUGCUGAGCACAUGAUUUUUUAAGGUUUUUUUUUAAAGGAUAUAAAGUGAAAAUGAAACUGAAAAAGAACAAAAGUAUCUGGGGAUUGAAAGGAGAGGACGGUGAGAGCAAAAGAUAAUGGCUCAGAGCCCAAAGCCUGGAGACCAGAUUGAGAUUUAUCGAAUUGGUUACCAACACUGGGCUAUCUACGUAGGCGAUGGAUAUGUGGUCCACCUGACUGCUGCAGAUGAGGGUAUAGGAAGUUCUCCCUCUAUUCCCCUGUCUGCCAACACAAAAAAGGCAGUGGUGAAGAAAGAAAAGCUUUCAAAAGUGGCAGGAAACGACUACUGGAUGGUCAACAACGAGAAGGACAGAAAAUAUAAACCCAGGCCUGUAUGCGAAAUAAUUAGCACUGCAAAUGAAUAUGUUGGGAUGAAGAUAGACUACAAUGUGGUCAUGCAGAACUGUGAACAUUUUGCUGCCAUACUACGAUAUGGCCAACCAUACAGUAGACAGGCGGAAGUUGGUAUCUGGGGGACAUUCGCUGCUUCGGUAGGAGCUGUGUUCUUGGGUCUAAGCUUGAUAGCAGUCGAGGUCAUUGGUAAACGCCAUUAGUCAGCGUUCAAUAUAUGAUGAGACAUGUGAACAAUCUAAAAGACUGUUGGAGGACAAUCCUAGGAUGGCUUCUAAGAAGAUCCCAUUUUAAAAGAACAACAGUUAUUGAAUAAAAAUAAAAACAUCAAAUCAA